AUGCCAGGCACCGGGACCAACCACAAGUCCCGCCCGCACGGUUACAGUUACCGCCAGACUCGAACCAGCUCCAGUUCCACCAUCCAGGACUCGUACAGCGACCAGUACACCAACAAACAGGAGUCGUAUAAGAACUAUCACAACAGCAGCAAGGACUCGUACCACAACCACUACAGCGAGGUCCCACGCCCCAUCAUCAUCGACACUCAACCGUCCCACAAUCCUCCUCGCUACGUUAACGCCGGGACCAGUUCCUACCGCGCCGCUCACGCCACCGAUCACGAUGCGUACCGAGACGUCUCCAAACCUGCUCAGGAUCCGCUUCGAAAUAUCAAACCCAAUCAGGAGGCGUACCUGGAUGGCCCCCCCGCGAGUCCCGAUCACAAGAUGAACCAGGAGCCGUAUUACGACACCAGACCGCACUCAUACCCCGGCAACCAGCUCACCUCCCACGAGCGCGAUCACAAACCCAGCCAGGAUCCUGUCCGAGACCAGUACGCCCCCGUCCCGCAGCAGGACUCGCCCCGUGACCCCUCCGCCGCUCCCUCGCGGCCCAUCGUCAUCGACACCCAGCCAUCUCACCGCCUGAUCCCCAACUCCUCCUGCGGCUCGUGUUCCUGGCAGGAUUGUCGAGCUCUGAUCUGUUGCGUGUUGACCUGCGGGUUCUACGGUCACCGCCAGCCCUGCGUCCCCGCUCAGGAGAGCUCCACCGAUCCCCCGCCCAAAUUCGAACCCGAACCUCUCCAGCUCGAGCCCAAGUCCGAACCCAAGCCCGAGCCCAAAGGGACCAACCAGCUGAGUUCUGAGAGCUUUCAUUACCGUGACGUGCACCUAAACGGGAGGAAGGUGAACAGCCUGGCGAACUCAGAGGCUCCGCCCCGGCGCAGCAGGACCACGCCCAAGGGCGAGAGCCAGCGACCCGUCAGCAACACUAGCAUUUACUCCAGAGAGGACCUGGACGUGGACGACGUGGACGACGGAGGGACCGACAUCGACUCGCUCAUCACCAAGAAGCUGCUGGAGCUCUACAAGCUUCACCAGAUCGAGCAGCUGGCCAAGUGCACGUCCGACCUGUCGUUCUCACGCAAGACCAACGAGAUCAGCGAGCUGAUCAUCAGCAUCGCGCAGGACUACAACCUGCAGGAGCAGGAGGCCGAGUGCCGGCUCGUCCACGGCGUCAUCCGCAUCAGCACCAGGAAACACGCCAAGGGCUGCAAGAGCAAGGACAAGUCCCAGGAUGCACCGCUUCAGCCCAGCGGGAGGAGGGACGCCACGCUGCCCGACAGCGGCAACGACACCAUGACCUUCACCUUCAGUAACGAUGAGCCGAAGAUGCUGGUCUCUGAUUCGACGCCAUCGGAUGAUCUGGCACGAAAGAUGCGCAUGUACAGCGGGCGGAGCGCGUACUCCUCAGGAACAGCCACGGCCACAGACUCUUCAGGAGAGCCGCUGCUGUGCUGACGACCGCACCGGGCGCCCCAUCACCGAUCCGUCCAUCUGAUCAACGACUGUUACACACCGGCAACCGGAUUAAACCGACCCUGCUGUGUCUGAUUACAGGACGGAUUAAAGAGAACCGAUUCAGAUCCGGAUUACAGACUAAAGUGCCGGA